UCCCCCUGGGGGUUGGUGUAGCAGCUCCCGUGCAGCCGCCGCCGCCGUGAUCUCCGGUGGUGUGGUCCUUCCCCGUCCCAUCACUCCUGUCACCCGAUGGGCUUGUCCUCUGCCAGCAGCAGCCGCUCCGCCAGCGAGCUCCUCUGAGAGCCGCCUUCCGUCUACGGGCGCCAUGAGGCCGCUUUUCCGGAGGCUCCUGCGGGUCUCCAACCGAUCCAUCUUCGCCUUCAUCUUCCUUUUCUCGCUGUCCUCGUCCUGCCUGUACUUCGUGUAUGUGGCCCCCGGCAUAGCAAACACCUACCUCUUCAUGGUGCAAGCCCAAGGUAUAAUGCUAAGAGACAACGUACGGACCAUUGGACACAUGCUUAGACAGUAUACCAAUAAGAACAGUACACUGAAUGGAACAGAUUAUCCAGAUGGCACAAACUCUACAGACUUUACUUCACAGUCUACCAUGUACCUACCGGAAAACUUCACAAUCUCUCCACACCUUCCGUGCCCAGAGAAGCUGCCUUUUAUGCGUGGAUCUACUGAUAUCAAUAUGAGUGAGAUCACAUUAGAAGAAAUUCACCAGCAAUUUUCCGCCAUGGAUAUUGGGCCUGGAGGGCAUUGGAAACCUACAGACUGCACUCCUCGCUGGAAGGUGGCAAUCCUUAUUCCAUUCCGAAAUCGCCAUGAGCACCUGCCGAUCUUCUUCAGGCAUCUCAUCCCUAUGCUCCAGCGGCAGCGCCUAGAGUUCUCCUUCUACGUCAUCGAGCAGGCUGGUACGCAGACUUUCAAUCGAGCCAUGUUGUUUAAUGUUGGGUUUAAAGAAGCCAUGAAGGAUCGAAACUGGGAUUGUCUCAUCUUCCAUGAUGUGGAUCACAUUCCUGAAAGCGACAGAAAUUACUACGGAUGUGGGGAAAUGCCACGUCACUUUGCUGCAAAACUUGACAAAUACAUGUACAUUCUACCAUACAACGAGUUCUUUGGCGGUGUAAGUGGUUUGACUGUGGAGCAAUAUAGGAAGAUCAAUGGAUUUCCAAAUGCGUUCUGGGGCUGGGGAGGCGAAGAUGACGAUUUAUGGAACAGGGUGCAUUAUGCUGGCUUCAAUGUCUCUAGACCAGAAGGAGACCUAGGAAAAUACAAGUCAAUUCCUCACCAUCAUAGAGGGGAGGUGCAGUUCUUAGGCCGGUACAAAUUGCUGCGAUAUUCUAAAGAACGUCAGUUCCUUGAUGGAUUAAAUAAUUUAAUAUAUGCUCCAAACAUCGUAAUAGACAAGCUGUAUAAAAACAUCACCGUUAAUCUAGUGCCAGAGCUGGCUCCAGUGAAAGACUAUUAAUGGAGGGGCAGAGGAGGAGGCUCGCUGUCCGAAAUCAAAGUGAUGCCUACCAGAGCAGCAGGAAAGCUGUCGGGGUGGACCAGCUCCAGCGGACUGCUAGUGACUGAUAACUAAUUCCAAUUCUCUGAAUGUGUGACCAUACAUACAUCCGAAGCCAGCAGCUGCUAGAUCAAUGUUUACAGCAGAAGACUGCUCAUAAUAAAAGCCUUGUCUCACCAAACUCUCGACAUUUUCACCGCUCAAUCCACUGUGCAGUGAUUUUGAUUUUUCGUUCAAGAACACAAUUCUUUAUCAGAUUUGCACCAAUCGACUGCUUCUUGUAGUUCCUUUUUUUUUUUUUUUUUUUUUUUUGGACGGUUUUAAAUUUUUUUUAUUUUUUUUUGUAUUCCACAGGUGUACAUGUUUCUGUAUAUUUAUAAUUUUGAGUUGUGUACAUACAUUGGUUAUAUUUGUGUGUGUAUAUAUGUGUAGAUACAUUUAUGUAUACACACAUGGAUUGAUGGAAAGUUAUUCCAACGUUUUUAAUGACUCCUCUUUUACACCUUUGCAUGUCUUUAUUGUAUAACUGUACUAUUAUUAUUAUUAUUAUUAAUUUUUUUUUUAAUACAGACUUGUCUUCAUUUGCAUGAAAAAGAACAUGUAAAUAUUAGAAUUUAAAAAAA